AUGACUUCAUUCUCUACCACCCCCUUCGCCGAUCCCCUCUGGCUGAACCGCGGUUUCAGUCCAUACUACACAGACUCGCAUCGUCGACUUCAAAAGGAGGUCCGAGAGUAUGUCGACACAUACAUUGCGCCGUUCUGUGAGGAAUGGGAAAAGACAGGCGUUGUACCACAAGAGGUUCACAAGCGCCACGCAGAGCUCGGUUACACUGCUGUCAGCUCAUUCCCACUUGCAGCAGACUACCUAAAUGGUCAACGGCUUCCAGGAAAUAUUAACCCGCGAGAAUGGGAUGGAUUCCAUGACAUUGUCGUAAUCGACGAACUAGCUCGCUGUGGGUAUCUAGGAAUCGUUUGGGCAUUGGGGUGCGGUAACUCGAUCGGAGGACCACCAGUGAUCAACUUCGGCAAUGAAGAACAAAAGAGGCGAUUCCUCCCGGAUAUGUUGAGAGGGAAAAUCAGAUUCUGUUUGGGAGUGACUGAGCCAGAUGCUGGAUCUGAUGUCGCCGGAAUUACCACGACAGCAGAGAGAAAUGGAGACAUGUACAUUGUGAAUGGAGCAAAGAAAUGGAUCACCAACGGCAUCUUUGCGGAUUAUUGCACUGCCGCCGUGAGAACAGGAGGCGAAGGAACCCAGGGCAUCUCUGCUCUAAUAAUCCCACUCAAGACCCCAGGAGUAACCUGCAAAAAGAUUGAAAACUCCGGUGUUCACGCGAGUGGAUCAACUUAUAUUGAGUUCGACCAGGUCAAGGUGCCCGUCGCCAAUCUGCUUGGGGUGGAAAACAAGGGUUUCCCUGUCAUCAUGAAUAACUUCAACCACGAGCGUCUCUGGCUUGCAUGCACAUCGCUCCGUAUGGCACGCAUCUGCGCCGAGGAUGCAUACCAACACGCCAUCAAGCGCGAGACAUUCGGCAAAAAGCUCAUCGAAAAUCAAAUUAUUCGCGCAAAAUUCAGUGCAAUGGCACGGAGUCUAGACUCAACUUAUGCGUGGAUGGAGCAAUUAGUCUACAUCUCCGAAACCGCCAAGAAGCAGGGUAUCGACGCUUCGAUGGGGGGGCUCUUCGCCAAUCUCAAGGUUUUGGCGGGGCAAACUUUGGAAAAGGUUAACCGAGAAGCACAGCAAGUUAUGGGUGGUCUUGGGUACUCGAAGAAUGGCCGAGGAGCGAGGAUCGAGCAGGUUAGUCGUGAUGUGAGGGUUAUGGUUGUCGGUGGUGGGAGUGAGGAGAUUCUGGCCGAGUUGGCGGUUAACCAGGAGAUUAAGAGUAUGAAGAAGUUGAGUAAGCUCUAG